AUGUCAGCUCCUCUAGAAUCACAACGCGGCAGGGAGAAGUUGGCUCAUGAUGGUCACAUAUACGUCUUCGCACAGUUCAGCAAAGAUAAAACGAAAGAAUUCUGGCGUUGUCAAUUCAAGAACAGCAGGACGGGCAAAUGCCUUGCUCGUUUACACAAGUGUCUCAUCUCUGACGAGAUAUCGGUUCUUGGAAUCCACACAGAUAUGCCGAACGCUGCUGCCAUCGAAGUGCUCCAGCAGAAGGUCGCUCUCAAGCGACGUGCUGUUGACACAGCCGAAGCUCCCCAGCAAAUCAUCAGCAGAAUCAGGGCCACCUCUUCGGUUGCUGCUCAGGGAGCAAUGGAGAGCAAUAAGGGCCUGGCGCGAAUCGUUCAGAGAACUCGCAACCGGUACGCAAUCCCGUCGACACAUUACUCAACCCGCUCGGAAAUAGUCAUUCCGGAAGAGUAUCAAGUGUAUGAAAGCACUCCCGGGAACUUCGAACGAUUUCUCCUCGGAGAUAGCGGAUCAGACGAUCCAAACCGGAUCCUGAUAUUCGGGAGAGAGAGCACGAAUGCUUGGAUCGGAGAGGUAUCGAAAAUCUACGUUGAUGGUACCUUUAGUUUGGCACCAGAACUUUUCUGCCAGAUCCUCGUCAUCCUCGGAGAGCGCCCUGGGGUCGUGACUCCUGUAUGUUACGUUCUCUUGCCGAGUAAAACUGAAGAGAGGUAUUGCAAGAUGCUCGACAUGUUGACCUUGGGUUGGCCGAACUUCAAUCCGGGAGCCAUAUCGAUGGACUACGAAAAAGCUCUGAUAAACGCUUUUAGUGCGUAUUUCCCGACAGCCGAGAUACACGGUUGUUUUUUCCAUCUCGUACAGAAUAUGAAAGAGCAACUCGCUGCCAAUGGUUUGAGCAGCAGGUAUCGGAGCGAAGCAGAUUUCGCGCUCAAAGCUGAAAUGAUCUCCGCACUGGCUUUCAUCCCGCCGGAGCGUCUUGAAGAUGCGCUGAGGGAGUUGCGGGAAGAGCUGCCUGAUGAUCUGCAGACGAUCCUCGAUUAUUUCGAGGAUAACUACAUCGGACGUCUACAAGUGAGGAGCGAUGGAUCUUUGGGACGCCGGGAACCCUUGUUCCCGGUGUCUAUAUGGACUGUCUACAGGAGAACCUUGAAUGGCGAUUCUCGAACGAACAACUUCGCUGAAGCAGCGCAUCGAAGCCUGCAGCGACAAUUCCAGGUUCAGCAUCCUGGUCUCCUAAAAUUCAUCGAAGGAAUCAGAAUCGUUCAGAAAACAAAAGACGCUGAUCUGGAAAGAUAUAUCGCCGGGCAUGAAAUCACAGGGAAACGAAACAAAUACGUGGAGAACGAUCGCCGCAUCUUGAGAAUCCUCGAAAGGAUGGAUGACCGUUUGUUGCGGGAGAUUCUCCGUGGGAUAGCUCAUACUUAUCAAAUGAAUCCCUAA